AUGUCGAAUCGCGCUAAAGAAAACGUGCCUAUAGACCGAAGACUAGGACGGGUCCGAAGAGUGAAAUGUGAUGAAGGACGACCAUCAUGUCAAAGAUGUGCAUCCACCGGCCGGAAAUGUGACGGCUAUGCUGAGGAGUCCAGUGACUCUCCUACAAGCUCGAAUUCCGAUUUCAACGAUCACGAAGCGAGUACUGUACUUAUACAAUCACCUUCGUCUUCAGCGAUGCUCACAUCUGACCGAGAGCGGGAGGCUUUUCACUUCUUUGUUAAUAUAACGGCUCCGAUGAUGGGCGGUUUUGGUAAGGAAAGCUGUUGGUCAGAAAUGAUUCCUCGAGCUGCACAUCACGAGCCUUCUAUUCGUCAUGCAGUUAUUGCGUUGGGUGCUCUACAUCACAGCAAAGAAAGAAGUUCCUGGUCUACUUCAUCGAAUAACCUGUUCUCUUCUGCCGAAGAACAAUUUCCCCUUUUAGAGUACAAUCGAGCCAUUGAAUGCUUGGUGGAAACUUUUGCGAAGAAGGAACGACAGGCUAUGGAUGUCUGUCUAAUCAAUUGCGUUUUAUUUUCUGCUUUUGAGAUGAUGCAAGGUAAUUAUGGCCAUGGAGCCGCACAUCAGGAAAGUGGAAGUAAGAUACUUUGCGAGAUCACAUAUGAUGAAAGUUCUCAGAAAUACUAUCACGAUUCGCUCACGACUUCCAACUACCCAUACUUGCCGAUGCCACUUCUUGAAGAAUUAUAUCUGCGCUCGGAUUUUGUUUAUACUCAAAUGAUCAAUACUUACGACCAAUCCCUCUACAACAAGUUCAAAGGCUCUCAAUUCACAGCCCACCCUCCAGUAAUAUUUACUUCUCUUUCCCAGGCUCGCAACACGCUCCAUUUCUUCUGGUCUCGUUUCCGGACCGAUCUAGAUAAUCUCAACUCCGAACCGGACUCCCCGGGACUGAACCAGCGUUUCCACAAUUGGCAAAUGGAAACCAUUCAAUUCGCCCACAAAUGGAUAUUCGCCUUCCAAGCCUUCAUUCUCAAAUAUAGUGAUACCUUUUCCGAAGCUGAUAGAAUAGGCGUUGCAAUUUUACAAAUACAAAGCCAUUCCGGAUACAUGAAUGCGCAUGUACCGCGCGACGUCAGAGAUAACCAAAUGUUAUGGGAUCCCUUUCUGUCCGUUUUUGAGAAAAUCACCGUGUUAUCAGAAGAGGUUAUUUCCAAUCCUGCAUUUACCACGACUGUAUUCCAAAUAGAUAUGGGUGUCAUCGGACCUCUCUAUCAAGUCGUAAGCGCAUGUCGCCACCCGGUCGUAAGGAGGAGAGCUGUUGCCUUAAUGGAACGCGUACCCAGUCUUCAAGAAGGAAUUUGGAAUGCUGGUAUGACGGCAAGAGUUGCUAGGAAGGUAAUGGAACUCGAAGAGUAUGGGAUAGAAAAUGUGAGGGAAGCAGCCGAUAUUCCGGAUUCGGCCAGAAUUAGUGAUGUAGAUCCUAAAUUCGAGGAGGGAAGACGAGUGACACUGACAUAUAAUAGAAGUGACAGAGCAAGGGGGCCUUUAGUCAGGAACAAAUUCACGGAGACUUUUGAAUGGUAG